CGUUUCUUCUUUCAGCCUGGCUCGCGCGGCUGCUGCUGGUUGUGAGGCUCGCGCUGCACGGUGUGUGAGAAUCCUGGGUCAUUUGAAGGUUAGCAGUCUCGGAUGGGUUCAUAGAAAGUUCACUCGCAUAUAUUAGGCAAUUCAAUCUUUCAUUCUCUGUGAGCAAACUAGUAUGAAAUGAGCUGCAUGGAGGCAGGAUAACCCAUCCGUCAUCCGAACGGGGAGAUAUGGUUUUAAAACGCGAUCUGUAAUAUUUAUAAGAACAUAUUUUCAGUACGGUGGGCUCGAGCGAGUAGCUUGUUAAGCGCACUGGACCGAGCUGUGCACGUUGGAACGUUACGGAGGUGACUGACUGGCUGACACACGUUGGAACGUUACGGAGGUGAUUGACUGGCUGACACACGUUGGAACGUUACGGAGGUGACUGACUGCCUGACACACGUUGGAACGUUACGGAGGUGAUUGACUGGCUGACACACGUUGGAACGUUACGGAGGUGACUGACUGCCUGACACACGUUGGAACGUUACGGAGGUGACUGACUGGCUGACACACGUUGGAACGUUACGGAGGUGACUGACUGGCCGAAACACGUUGGAACGUUACGGAGGUGACUGACUGGCCGACACACGUUGGAACGUUACGGAGGUGACUGACUGUUUGACACACGUUGGAACGUUACGGAGGUGACUGACUGUCUGACACCUUUUCGUCUCAACAACCGGACACCAGAGGAAAAUGGCAAAUCAUCAUUCGGGUCAAUUACAAGCUUUUAGCGGUGUUGUCUGUCAUAAUUCAUGACAUAGUCUGGGAAGAAGACCAAUAUUUUACGUGCCAUAAAGGGGCAGACUUUGAUGGAGUUGUGUGCACUUAUGUUCGCGAUUAUUAUCCACACCUAAAUUAUAUUUAAAGGGAUACAAUAACAGGCAGACUUUUGCGACUAAGGGAAAUCAUGUUUGAUUGCAUGGAUUUGCUAGCGGUGAGCCCGGGACAAAUGUUGGAUUUCUACACUUCGAGUCCCUCUUCGUGCAUGCUACAAGAGAAGGCACUGAAAGCGUGCUUCGGCGGGCUCGCUCAGAGAGACUGGCAACACCGCCGGAGCGCACAUUCCAUCGAGACCCAGAGCACCAGUUCUGAGGAGCUGGUCCCAAGUCCCCCGUCCCCCCUGGCCCCGCCCCGCGUCUACAAGCCCUGCUUCGUGUGCCAGGACAAGUCCUCGGGGUACCACUAUGGUGUCAGCGCCUGCGAGGGCUGCAAGGGUUUUUUCCGUAGAUCCAUCCAGAAGAACAUGGUGUACACGUGUCACCGGGACAAGAACUGCAUCAUCAACAAGGUGACCAGGAACCGCUGUCAGUACUGCCGGCUCCAGAAGUGCUUUGGCGUGGGCAUGUCCAAAGAGUCUGUCCGGAACGACCGCAAUAAGAAGAAGAAGGAGAGUCCCAAGCCAGAGCUGACCGAAAACUAUGAGCUGAGUGCAGAACAAGAGGCCAUCAUAGAGAAGAUACGCAAGGCUCAUCAGGAGACCUUCCCAUCGCUCUGCCAGCUGGGGAAAUACACCACGAAGUCGAGUGCGGAACAACGCGUGAGGCUGGACCUGGGGCUGUGGGAUAAGUUCAGUGAGCUGGCUACUAAGUGCAUUAUAAAGAUCGUGGAGUUUGCCAAACGAGUGCCUGGCUUCACAGGACUCACCAUAGCUGACCAGAUCACGCUGCUUAAAGCUGCCUGCCUUGACAUACUGAUUCUACGUAUCUGUACGAGGUACACUCCGGACCAGGACACCAUGACGUUCUCAGACGGUCUGACCCUGAACCGGACCCAGAUGCACAACGCAGGAUUCGGCCCGCUCACCGACCUGGUGUUCACCUUCGCCCACCAGCUGCUGCCCAUGGAGAUGGACGACACAGAGACAGGCCUGCUCAGCGCCAUCUGCCUCAUCUCUGGAGACCGGCAGGACCUGGAGGAGCCCUCUAAGGUAGACCAGCUCCAGGAGCCUCUACUGGAAGCUCUGAAGAUCUACGUGAGGAAGAGGAGGCCCAGCAAGCCACACAUGUUCCCCAAGACCCUGAUGAAGAUCACUGACCUCCGCAGCAUCAGCGCCAAAGGUGCGGAGCGGGUCAUCUCGCUGAAGAUGGAGAUCCCUGGGUCCAUGCCUCCUCUGAUCCAGGAGAUGCUGGAGAACUCAGAGGGCCAAGACGGCCAGAGCAGCACCGAGGGCGAGGACGGCAGCAGCCCCAAGAAGGGAAUCCCUAAGGGGGGUAAAUCCUGCCCUGUGUCCCCUGACCCUGACCCAGAUGCUUCAGACAGCGAAGGGCCCACAGCGGCCCCCAAGGAGGAGGAGGAAGAGGACCCCUAGGUCCCCGUUGGAACUCAGGGCCUCUCAGACUGACACUCUCUCUCUCGCUGACAUUCCUUUGCAAAAAAAAAAAAAAAAA